AUGGGCAACUAUGUAUCAGCAUGGUACCAUUCAGACAGAAAAGACAAGGCACGGUCAGAUGCUAUUGACCGUCAAAUACAAGAAGACUCUAGGAGGUUUAGGAAGGAGUAUCAGAUACUUCUUCUCGGGGCCAGCGAAUCUGGAAAGUCGACAAUAGUCAAGCAGAUGAAAAUAACUCAUCAGAAUGGCUUCACCAAGAACGAACUCAUGAUGUUCCAUCCGACAAUAUAUCGAAAUACUCUCGACUCCGCGCAAGCCAUUGUCCGACAGAUGCAUAACAUGAAUGUGGAAUGUGUAACAUUUGCGAAUUGGACAUUUGCCAAACGCAUCGUCGAAUACAGGGUUGAAAGCACUCCCGAUUUUGUUUUCUCCACUGAUAUUGCACGAGCCAUUCAUGAAUUAUGGCAAGAUCCUAUCAUUCCCAAAGUGAUGGACUGUUCGAGCCAGUUCCAUCUUAUGGACUCAGCUAGCUAUUUCUUUACGGAAGUGCUCCGUAUAGGCACUCCCGACUAUAUACAAACAGAAAAUGAUGUACUGCGAGCUCAGGCGAAGACAACCGGCAUCACCUCAAUGUGGUUUAAUGCGGGACUACUCUCCAUCCAUAUAAUUGACGUCGGCAUCCAGCUCUCACAACGGAGGAAGUGGAUACAUUAUUUCGAACACGUGCCAAGCAUCAUUUUCUGUGCAGCAUUAUCGGAAUACAAUCAAGAAUUAUUAGAAGGGAAGAACCAGAAUCGCAUGCAGGAAUCACUGAUCCUAUUCGAGUCGGUUGUCAAUUCCCGAUGGUUUUUGGACACUUUCAUAAUCUUAUUUUUAAACAAGAUAGAUGUCUUUAAGAAAAAGCUACUAAAGGCACCGAUCGAGAAAUACUUCCCAGAAUAUACAGGCGGCACAGACGUCAACAAAGCAGCGAAAUAUAUUCUAUGGAAGUUCCUGCAAGCCAACCGGGCGCGCCUGAGUGUUUAUCCUCACUUGAUGCAAGCCACCGAUACGACGGAUACCACACUCUUCCGACUAGUCUUCGAUGCAGUCAAGGAGACGAUCCUACAGAACAGUUUCAAAGACUCGCGUAUUCUGUGA